CAAGUCAGAUGCUUGUACUCAAACUCGAAAUUUAGCCAAUGUUUUUCACUUUUUUACUCCACAGAUUGUUAGUCUUCUAUUUUAUAAUUUGUUAAAAAUAAAUAUUCCAAAUGUUGAUCAUGGAGAAUAUUAAAUUUAAUGAGUUUGAUAUUGAUGAAUACGCGAUUGCGGAACUUGUACCGGAUCAUAUUUUAGAGAGCAUUUUCUCAUACUUGAACUUGCGAGAACUCAGAAACUGCUCUCUUGUGUGUAAAAGUUGGUAUAGAAUAUUGAGUGAUGAAAACAAUGAUGUUUGGAGAUUUCAUUGUAUGAAACGCUUGGCGGAAGAAGUACUUAAAUCAGAUUUAUUGUCGACACUUGCUACGUACAAAGCUAAGCUAAGAGCGUUUCUCCACGCGUGGAAUCCUUACGACUGUUCGAGAAAUAUUUACGUAAAACCAAAUGGAUUUACGUUGCAUAGAAACCCUGUGGCACAAAGUACUGAUGCCUGUAGAGGGAAAAUUGGGUUUCACCAAGGGCGACAUGCUUGGGAAGUAAUAUGGGAAGGUCCUUUAGGAACGGUCGCUGUUGUUGGAAUAUCCACCAAGGAGGCUCAAUUGCAGUGCCAAGGUUAUGUAGGGCUCUUGGGCUCAGAUGAUCAGAGUUGGGGCUGGAAUCUGGUAGACAAUCACUUAUUACAUAAUGGCGACACACAAGGACAUUACCCACUCCUCAAUAAUUGCCCUAAAUAUCAGGUAGGAGAACGCAUCAGAGUUAUAUUGGAUUGUGAAGAUAACACAUUAUCAUUUGAAAGAAAUUAUGAAUUCUUAGGAGUUGCAUUCCGAGGUCUUCCAGGUAAGAAAUUAUAUCCUACAGUAUCAGCAGUAUAUGGAAACACUGAGGUGUCAAUGGUGUACUUGGGACCUCCUAUAGAUGGCUGAUAGUAAAUAAACUAGAAAAUAUUUUUUCUAGUCAAAUUCUAACAAAUUGUGAUAUGCAGUAUAUAAUUUAAACAAACUCCCAAGAUUCUUUUAGGUUUAAGAAAGGACAAAACAAUAUCUACUGUGCAAUCAAAAGUAGUAUGUGCUUGCAAUAUAAUUCCAAUAAGAUAGAUGCCUUUUUAAUAAAGCAUAUGAAAAUACAGAUUAUUAUAUAACAUGUAUACUUUUUUAUAACAUUUAUAUGAAGUGACUCAAGAAGUAACAUAUAAGAAAGGAAUUUAAACUCCUCACAUCUAGACCUACACGAAUGACACCAUUUACGUUUUUUUUUGUUGUAGGUAAUUUUCGAGAAAAUAAAUAAAUAUAGGGUUAUUUUUAAAAUACUAACCUCGCCACAAGUUUUGUUCAAUGACUUUAAUUAUUCAUCAGACUUUACUUUCACACAAAAAAAAAUAGAUCGCUCUAAACGGCAAUAACUCUGUGCAGCACGGGGGUAGUCUGUGCAGUCGUCGCGGAGGACGCUUGCAUGUUUGAACUUAU